ACAGUCACCCACGUGGUUGAGUAUAAACACAUAAUUAUCACUGCAUGGAUAAUGGCCUCCAGAGCUGCUCUCAACGGGUUCACUGGCUGGAGCAACAUGAGGCUGGUGAGAGGGAGCUGUGAGACGGCGGAUAUACUCCAGGGAAUAAUGUCUGGCUGUACAAUGAGGGUACUACUAGAAGAGUUGGUGGGUUCUGCUCCUAAGAGAUUGGACAGUUUGGAGGGGCUCACGGCCAAUCAGAAGGUGACGCGUGUCGACUGGUUCAUUGAUGCUCUCAAGACGAGUGGGAGGAUCCCCAAGUCAACCAAGGUGGACUCACAGAUGUUUGCACUGUGCUCGCCAGCCCAAGUGUUCCCAAUACUGUGGAUGUUUGUGUGUGAGGACGUCACCAACACGUGGAGAAUGGCCCCACUAUUCCAGAAGCAGUCUAAGAGUCAGGUCCUCAUUGCUGACCCUCUUGAGGUGGGCCCUCGCCAGCUCCUCCGCACUACAUCUGAGAAACAUUUACCAUUCUACGUCUCAGACAAUGGUAUCUCAAUAACUCAGCCCUACAAGAGAACCUCCAAAGCACUGUUGAGACCCAGCACAGAGUGGCUACUGAUAGACCUGGUCAAUGGACAACUAAAGAUGACUGUGGAUGGGAGGAAGCUUCAUGUGGAGGGUAUUCAGGAUCUUGUGGACACACGAGUACUGUGUGCUCUGGUCAACUCACUGGUGCCAGGGACCUUCACUGCAGAGGUGUUGCUUAGUGACAGAUGGACCAUCAACCUCGCCCUGAAAACAGUCUCCAAGAUUUUCGCCGUCCAAUGUCUAGUGGAUUCUGCUGACCUCAACUCAGCUGACCAACACGGUGUGUGUGCGUUCCUUGUCUACUUUAUAAUGUCUGGUUAUCAGUUCAAACAAGCGCAGGCAGUACUGAACAAAUUGGAAGAGCUGAGAAAAAGGAAGGAAGACCUUCAGAAGCUGCUAGCCAUUGACCCUUCUAAACAGGAGAAGCUAACAAACUCCAAGCUAGCCAAGAUUGCAGAAGAGGUGCAGUGGAUACAAAGUGUGUAUGAUGUGGAGAGUUGCUCCGAGUGGGUGGAGCAUGCUGGCCGUGUACAGGCAGAGGUAAGGGCUACUAUAGCUCAGAAAAUGAAAGAAAGAUUCGAUGUCAUCACUGUGCCAAGGCCACUGUCUAUCAGCCGACUGACUGAGCUGCUGGUAAUCAACCUCUCUCUAACUAGGGACUGUGGGUUCUACUGCAGUGAGGGUAAGGAGACUCUAUCAGUCAACAGGAGGAUUGUGCUCAGGGACACACAGUCAGGUGAAUUCUUUGAAGACUUCUCAGGCAGUGACAACACCAGAGCAGGAACUGUCCGGGAUAUAUUGAAGCUCCAACCAUUUGAGGUAGUGGAAGUUAAUGCUGGGAUCUACUCUAACUAUGAGGUUUACUUUGAGAGCUUCUCACGUAACAAACUGCUCAAAGCAGGCUCAAAGUUCCUGUAUCAAGUGUUCCCAGGCACACUCUCGCAAUGUCAGCGACUGUUACUGAGGGUAGCCAGAGUUGGGGAGACCUCUACCAUCAGGAAAUUGUUGCUUUUCUUCCACAAGAACAAACCAUUUGUCAACUUCCCUGAUCCAGAGUCAGGGAACACAGCUCUUCACCUGGCCAGCCGACACGGGCAUAUUGACGUGGCACUGUUGUUGUUGGAGAGUGGUGCCACGGUGCACUGUCAGAACAGCUUGGGCUGUACUCCAUUCUUCCUGGCCACUGAGGGUCUGCACAGGAACCUCAGCAAUUUGUUGAUUGAGUGGGGCACUGAUGUCCACUUCAAGAACAAAGUCAGUAAGACAGCAAUGGACCUCAUCAGAAACGCUGACUUGGAAAAAUCUUUAAGAAAGAAGUAUACUGAGCACCGUGAGCUGGUUGUCAAGGUGGGGGCGGGGGAUAUGGAGUUUGUAGAGAAGAGGAUAUCUGAUCAUGUGACCAAGAAAGACCCCCUGGCCAGUCUCCGCAGUAGGUGUGUGCGAGGCAACACUCUACUGCAUAUUGUAUCAUCACUAGGGUCUCAAACAGCAUUAGAAAUGCUACUAACAGAACAUGUGGACCCAAGCAUUGUGAAUGAGAGUGGAGCCACUCCACUGCACAGGGCAAGAGCUGCUGCCCUUGUCAAGCCACUACUGACGUAUGGUGCUAAUGUGAACGCCCGUGAUCUCCAUGGCAACACUCCCCUCCACAUGAUGUGUCAGGACUCUAAUGCAGCCGAGUGUGUAGCCCACAUGGUUACCAGUGGAGCUCUACUAGAUAUUGAAAAUGAUAAAGGUCUCCUAGCCAUUCAGUGUGCUGCCGCCCACGGCUUGUCUAGUAUCAUCCAGGUGUUACUGGAUGCAGAUGCAAACUCUGUGCAACAAACCAUUCUACAAGAGAAGCACAAUGACACGACGUCAUCAUCACUGCUCUACUUGUCUCUAGUCAAAGAUCACAUGGACUGCGCUGUGUGGUUGUCAGGUCGUGAUUUCUCUCUGAAGCCAGGAGAGGCUGACCAGUUAGCUCUGAGGGUAUUGAAUGGCCCUCCAGAGUCAUGCAUUGAUCCAGUGGCCACUUUCCAGUUCCUCCUUGACCACGGAGCCAACCCUAAUGUAGAGUACAUCCACGACAACACACCUCUCCACUUGUCUGCUCGUCAUGUUGAUCUCCCUGAGUUAACGACACUCCUCCUGAGCAGUGGGGCUCAUGUGACCUCUGUCAAUACCUCGUUCCUCACACCACUCAGUGUGGCUUGUAAGGCUAACAACCCUGCUGUUGCCACACAGCUCAUUGACAAAGGUUCUAACUGUCAGCAGAUGGAUGUGCACGGGAAGUGUGCGUUUGACUAUGUGAAUGAUCACAAGGAGUGGAUGGACAGCGGACACUUCAGUGAGGAGGUCAAGGCAAUACUCAAAGCUUACAGUCUCAAACAUGCCAAAGAUCUGGUCUAUUCUAUAUCAAAGGUGGUCAAGGUCAACAGGAUCAAGCACUGAUUAAUAUACAUGUACAUCAAUUUACAAACAGACAACAUUAUUAUAAAUGAAAAUUGCACUAUCACUGUUAUAUUGUUAUUGUUUGAUGUCUAUACAAUGUCUAUCUUGUUCCAUGGUGGAAUACGAAAUGA